UACCAACCAACCAACCAACCAGAAGUACCGUUUCUGAGUUAACCAGUUUCUGGCUCCCAGGUCCCAGAUUAAAGCCCAGCCCAGUGACCCCAAAUCUCCCGCUCUGUGGCUGCGGCCCGAUCGAGCAUGCUGUUGCUUCCGGUGUAAGCGUGAGCCCUGCCAAUGUCGCCGCACGGCACGGCCACAUCCGGGUCGGGCUCCUCGACCCAAGCCCUAGCCAAGUUUGGAUGCGCCAGAUGCCGACAGCAUCAUCUCAGAUGCGACAGAGUAACACCAACCUGCGGCAGAUGCCUCAGUGCAGACGAGCCAUGCCGACCACCGGGCCUCAAGAUUCGCGAGUCUAAUAAGUACCAGUUCAAGUUUGGCAAAAGACAGCGAUGGGUCAAAACGCCAAGGAGAUUGGUUUUCAUCGAUGAGUCGCAUGCUGCCACCAACGAUGCCUCGAGUCCAGAUAGCGAACCAGACGAGUCCGAGACAGUAUGGGACUCCUCACCCGUGGCUUCGGGAUCCUCGUCCCAGAAAAGUCCGCCUGUAUCAGCAGGCAUGACGCAGUAUCGACCCGCGUCGCCCCCAGAGCGCUUGCGACGGAUGAUGAUUUCUUCCGUCGUUAACCCCCCUGCCCCGAAUUGGCCGCUCACAGAUCCCGAAGAGGCCCGCCUCUUCCGUCACUUUGUCGAGAAGCUAGCCAUCUGGCUCGAUUUGUGUGAUCCGCAUCAUACCUUCGAGAUCAUGGUCCCUCAGAUGGCAAAAGACUUCCCUGUAUUGCUGAACGCCAUCUUCGCCCUCUCGGCACGCCACUUGGGACAAACGCUCAGCGACGGCAGUCUCAGGAAGAAAUACAACCGGCUGGCGGACACGCACAACGAGGCCUGCAUCAACAUCAUGAAGGGUCUCUUGAUGAGCAAGGAUUAUCAGUCCGUCUGGACCGAACACCUCUUUGCGGCAACCAUCAUCCUUCAGGUCAUGGAGGAAAUGAAUGCCGGGCUGAGAGACGAGGACGAUGACAACGGUGUCCACGGGCAUCAGGAGGCUAUCGGGAGGGGCCACUUGCCAGGGAUGUACAGGUUCGUUCGGGAGCGCUCUUUCGAGCCCGGAACCCUUGGCGCAGCGUCCUUCUGGGUUGGGCUGCGACAGGAAAUAUACAGCGCCGUGACAAAGAGGCAGCCAGUGUGCCUGAAUCUUGUCCAUCCUGGCCUCGUCAAUAGGUCUCUCGACCAGACGGAUGAUUACACUUGGGCUAACUUGGCUGUGAUGCACUGUGCCGACGUUGUCAACUUCUGCUUCGAUACCGACAAGCAUCGUCGACAGUCCUGGGACGAACUCGAGAGAUGGAAUCGUCGCUGGUUUGAAGAACAGCCGCCGUCAUACGACCCUGUCUUCAAGGGUUCACGGGGUUCAGCUGUUUUUCCAGAAAUCUGGUAUCAUCGGAGCUGUCAAGUGAUUGGCGUGCAGCACCACAGGCUUGCAAGACUCUUCUUGCUGGACCACCGUGUUAAAUCCGGCGCACUGGUACGAGCCGAGGAGAGAAACGAGGUUGAGGAAAGCAUCCGGGCAACGGUCCGGGAGAUUUGCGGCAUCGGGCGCGGUAAUAGUUUCACCCCGCCAGGCCUGUUCACAUCGUGCAUGGCGAUCGCGGCCUUUGGUCACUACUUCAACAAGGUUGAAGAGCAAGAUGCAAUGAUCUCGAUCCUGGAAGAAACGCAAAAAGACCAUGCCCGGCCAACCGAGAGCGUCAGACUCGACAUGCUCCAGGCUUGGGGGCGCAAUACUGGCUUGUCCGGGAGGCCGGCUAAGGCGCCGAACACCAAGCGCAUCGCCUGAUUGCACUCGCCAAAUAAUGUACACAUGUAUACAUCCGUAAUACAGCGACGGUUCAAUCUUUGGAUGUUCCUGGGGUUGAUAGCAGUUCGCAAGAUCUUGGCAGGAGGAUUCGAUCCCCCACGGUAUUCA